AUGGUUGAUUGCCUUCAAAACGACUCGAUUCCAGCUGGUGUUGUCUUCAACGAAGACGGAACGGUGAAACUGGGAUAUGGCUGUCUUUCAGCAGCUAUUCAGAGAUGCAUGCUAAGCGAUCAUGUGGAGUAUGACAUUCAGCUGAAGCAUCCAAAAGGCUACACGUGGUGUGUCACAAGGAGAUAUCGGGAGUUCAGGGUUCUUCAAAAGGUCUUACAGUCGAAGUACGAUCUGGCACAAGAUCAGGUAGCUACGUUGCCGGGCAAAAAGUUUUUCAACAACCUCUCCCCAGCGUUUGUACAGCAGCGAAGUCUUGAAUUGGAAGAGUAUCUCAACAGGCUUCUCUCGUACUACACCCUUCCUCCGCCACCUCUUGCCAGCUUCAUUGAUUGGGAAAGAUACGACGUUCAUGGGAUAACAAAUUCACUGGCUCGACAAUUGUCAAAGGAUGGGGAAAAGAUAUUGAGCUCAGGAGAGGUCUUUGUCAUGAACGUGUAUCAAGUGAGCGCAAUCAACCAGCGCAUGAAGUCACCGGUCUCGGAGAAUCUUUUCAACAGAGCCGACGAGGAUUUUGGCUGCGUAGUGAAAUUCAUUGCUCAAAUAAAACGCCUCAAGUUGAACAAUGUGGAUUUGGCAAGUAUGCGUGGCUUUGAGCACAUAAAAGCCACAGUUAUUCAAUUGGUUGUCCACCACAGCCUUAAAAACCUCAAGAAUCUUAUGUUGGGCGACCUUUUUGCCGCAGGAGGUGGGAACUGGGUCUACGGGGAGAAUCCAGUGCCAACUCUACCUUGGGAUCAAAUUAAAAUUGCCGAUUUCUCUAAUAACUUUCUUCACAUUAUUGACCAAACCAUUGCUCUCCUACCGAAUGUUGAGAUUCUCAAUCUCUCAAACAAUCUUCUCACUGAACUCGCACCUCUUUCGUCAUUAUCACGACUGCGAGUGCUCUACCUGUCUGACAACCAGCUCUACAUAGGUGAGGAGACGAAUCCGUGUUCAGUCGAAGUUUGCGAGGAUGAGGCGGACGUUCUAGAGGGCCUUGUACUUGCCUCCUCCGCUGGCACCAUCGAUUCUGCCACGGAGCAACCCAGAUCCCGUCAGACGCCGCUGAAGUCACUUCGUGAACGCCUUGGUGAGGUCCAAGUUCUUGUACUCGCUAAAAAUGGCCUUCGCUCAGCAAAUCUUGUGGAAGGCCUUUUUAGCCUUCAGCAUCUAGACCUUUCGGACAAUAAGAUUGAUUCGUUUGAAGAGCUGGUUUGUUUGGGUGAACUGCCACAUUUGAACUCCCUGGAACUGACGGGAAAUCCGAUCUGUGAUCAUGCCUACUACCGACGAAAUGCGUUGAAUGUUUUGGGUCCGCGAUUUCCAUUGAUUGUCUUAGACGGAAAAAGAGUUACCGCGAAAGAAUGUGAGAAUGUCCGACUUUAUCAGGCCCUCAUGAAAGGGGGUGUCGUGUCCCAGCCGGCUGCGCUGGAUAACUUAAAAUCAGCAGCUCCUCCAGUAUUAUCUACGAGUUCAUCUAACCUGAUAUUGAAUCAACAAAACUGCGUAAAUAUUCCAAUCCAGGCUAGUGAUACGACUGAGCCUAAUCACACACCAGUUCAUGAAAAUAAAAUUGAACUGCCUUCUGAGGGAACUAUGGAUUUCGUCUCGAGCAAGGACUUCAAAUCCAGCUCUCCUCGAGUGAAUGUGCCGGUAGAUGGAAUUGACUAUUUUCGCAAUGUGUCUGAUGAAGCGGUUACGGAUUCGCUCUCGAAACCUUCUGAAAUUGGUCUGAAUUCACAAAGAACUGAUAUUUCGCAUCAUAACACACAAGCAUCUGAGAGUUUGCAUUCAGAAUCUUUCCAAAAGACAGACAUUUCAGCGGCUGAAAAUUUUCAUGUUCACCAUGAACGCAAUCCUUCAUCAGUUUCGGUCGAAGAACAUACCGAGGCUUGUGAGUCUCAGUCAGCUACACACCAGGACUAUUCCUCUACUAAACAGCCGUGUAUGGAACAAAUCGAGGAAUGCACUCAAAUAACCAAAGAAAUAAAUAGAAAUUUGGACGGGGAGGAGCUGGAUCCCUCCGGAAUUCACCAAAUGUCUUCUGAUGUGAUGUUCGAGUCUUUACAAUCCAAGGCAGUCGACAUUUCUGAUAACACCUACGAAGAGGAUCCUUCACUUCUUUAUCAAUCUACUUUAGCUGAAUCUAAAGACAUCACAGGCGACCUCACUAAUGUGAUUGGAUCGCACCAUGACACACAAGUCGAUUUUCCUACUGAACAAUUUAAUGACAACAAAUCAUUAUCACAGAGUGGAUCGGCUAUUUAUGCGGAAAAAUGUGCUAGGUCUGUUUCGAACCUAGACUCGACGCUUUCAUCGAGCACUCACGAAACCGAACUAAAAAUGUCGCCUAAUGAGCCCCAAGUAUCAGUCAUAGAAAACCAACAACUUGAUUCCUCCACUGGGAAGUCAUCGAAAGAGCCCAACAUAGAGUUGCCACCGUCACUUGCAAAACAGAGUGAACCAGAUAAUGUGAUGGAGGACGCAAGUGACCCAGAUUUGGUGAAUAGUAAUUCAGUGUGCUAUAAUAUUUUGGACCCCAAAAAUGAGCACUCAUCUGUUGAAAAGCAAGAAGAAAAGGAAUCCGAGGUUUUACAAUCCAUAGAACGGUCUUCUGUGGAUGCUCGAGAUCAAACAGCCGAUAUUUCCAAUGGUGAUCCUGAGAGUGCGCCUUCCAGCCUUCAUCGUUCACCACCACCUGGGCGUUUGGUGUCAGUAACAGAAUUUACGGUAAGUGAUGAUCCCUCCAUGUCAUUCCCUGACUCGCGAAAAUCAUCGGGCGAAAAAUUGGACUCUAAUCUUGACUCCUUCCAAAAGCCUGAGGGAGAUACUUCGUCGUCAUCUCAAUAG